AUGAUGUGGACGAUCGCGACGGAACCGAGAGCACAAGAGAUUUACGACCCGUGCAGGGCAGGAUCGGAAAAAGACCUGGUCGCCCGCCUCAACCGCAUCGAGCAGGCUCUGAAGGCGGCUCAACGCAGCCAGGAGACAGGGGAGACGCGGGAUGCAUCCAUGUCUCCAGCGUCAUCCUCGGCGCCCUUGCCCGCCGGGCCAGACCCACCCGGUGCCACCACCAACGGCACACGGGAAAAAGCCCAAGGCCGAGCCUAUGACUCAACAAUUCGCGCUUCCGGCGCAACCGUGGGCAAGAUUCACUUCGCCGGUUACUAUCUGGGAGACAUCAGCUCCUACAACGGCAUCCCCUUCUUCUCGCCCGAUGGCCAGGACUGGAUCCGAUCCAGGGCUGGAGAGGACGCCUCGUUCCACACCCUAUUUGGCAUGGGUCCGCUCUGGCAGGCACAGCACCCUGUCCCCGUUUUUCUGGAUGCCCCCCGGCCAAGCUCUGCAGGAGAGUUGCCCGAUAGGGCCGUCGUCGAGGAGUAUCUGGCCCUCUUCCGAGCGUCCCGCUUCGGCCUGUCGUUCCCAGUCAUCGACUACGUCCUGUUCCUGGAGACCAUCGACUUGGCGUAUCAGACGCCUCAGACGGCGUUGACGCUCGAGGUCGUCACGGCCAAAUCUUGCGUCCUCGCCUUCUUCGCCAUUGUCUCGCUCUUUCAGACGGAUUGGAAGUCGUCGCCCGAGAUAGAUGGGGAGGCGUGCGCCCGUGCGGCGCAGAACCUAAUGCCGACCAUUUUGCAAGGCACUAACAUCACUGCUGUUGAGACUGUCUUCAUGUUGAGUCUGUUCCACCUCUUCACUGGCCACCUCCAGCAAGGGGCCAUGUUCCAAGCUGCCACAUGUCGCAUCUUGUUCAUGCUAGGCGCGCACCUCGAGUCUGGCACGAGCCUCAGCCCGUGCCAGACCCCCUCGGCCGAGGAUGACGACCAUGCUUGGCGCGUGAGGAACCAGCUGCGGAGGCUCUUCUGGCUCUCGUUCAAGCUCGACAAGGACAUCUCUCUCCGCACGGGCCAGCCACCUACCAUCAACGACGAGCACUGCGACCUGACGCUGCCACGGAUGGACUGGUGGGCACGCAGCAGCGACGACGAAGCCAGCGCCUCGCCGUCCUUCCUCGACGAGGCCACCGUCACCUCGGCCAUCCAGCCGGACUCGCUGCAGCUGACCAUCAUCAAGUCCAAGAUUUCCAGGAAGCUGUACUCGAUCUCGGCACUGAAGAAGGGAGACGCCGAGCUCCUCAGGGACAUCCGCGAGCUGGACGACGAGCUCGAGAGAUGGCGGGCGUCCGUGCCGCCGUCGUAUCGGCCGACCUUGACUUUCCCCCGGGGGACAGCCGUCGUCCGAAAGGGCCGGCUCGGCAUGGAGGAGAUUAUCCUCCACUUCGAGUACCACUACCUGAUGGCCAUGAUCCACCGAGCGAGUGGCAGGUGUCGCUGUUGGGCCAGCGGCGAGAGCAGCGGCUUGGAGGGGGUGAGCUCGAGCCAGGCCCUGUCGGUGCAGGCGAGCCGAUCGACGCUACACUUUCUCAAGGCCGCGAUCCACGGCGUGGAGCAUGUGGCCUUUUGGCUGGUGGUGUUUUAUCCAAUGUCGGCGAUAUUGGAAAUCUUCUGCAACUUGCUACUGCAGCCUCUGCAUCCGCAGGCGGAGGAAGACAUCGAGCUCCUGGAGUCCGUCCCGCAUCUCAUAGAAGGGAUGCGGAAUCGCCAGCUGACGCCACAUGAGGUUGCGCAUGUGAAGAUCGUCGAUGCCUUCGUGGCGGAGCUGACGAGGCUGGGAACAUGCGCCAUCGCCAAGGCGCGGCGGGAGCAGCAGGUUUCGUGA